AUAGUAAAAAUAAAGACAAACCCUUGAAUGAGUAGGUGUUCUAAAACUUUUGAACGGUACUGUAUAUAUAUUAUUUCUGUUAAUUAUGUUCAAGAAAGGUCUUAUUGAUUUACAUGUAACAUUUCUGAAUGGGUUGAUUGUAUGAUCAUUUUCCUAUAGAAUACAUAUUUAGAUGUUUUUAGGGUAUUCAUCUAUCAAAUGACAACCAACUUCAAUGUUAUCUUGGAUGCAGGCUGUCUGUGUUAGCUGACAUCACACUGAAGCUCUUCCUCAUUUGAGUCAAACUAGUGAACUUCAAGCCCUGGGUACUGACUGAGUGUUUCCUGUGUGUGGCAUUAUAAUUUUCACUGGCUUUGACCCAGCCUCAAAGUGCUUUCUUUACUGAAUGCCCGCACAGAGGAUAUCACAUUUGAUCUACUGCUGAGAUGGCUUUACAAUUCAAAGAUGCGUUUUGGGUGAGUUCAUAUUAACGUCUUGACUAACCACUUUGAUGCUCAAUCUAUAUGGAUAAGAUAAGGUUUAGGUAAUUUUUUUGAAAUGCACUGCACAGAGGCUAUCAGCAGAUACAGCUAAAUUAUUUACUGCAUAAUCCAAACUGUUAUUGUGGUGACAACACCUGAGGCAGUACCCCUGCCUCAGAGGCAGCCCUUUACUAAAUUAAACUUAGUAUCUUUCAUUGGCUCUCAGAUUGUCAUCUUUACAAAUGUGUUUGUUCUAUGGCCUUACAGCCAAUUUCAUUAUUUUUCUAAACAUACAAACUUUAUUUAAUAUGCUAUGAUGAAGAAAUGUACUAUCUAAAUAACUAGGCCCUCACAACAUUGUUGUAACUUAUUAUCUUGUCUGGAUUGCUAUUUUCUGAGUGCCAGUACCUCUAUGCUGAGCUUCCUGUAAAACAGGCCAGGCUCUUGUCUCUUUCUGUAUUUGAUCUUCUGACUGUGAUGCAUUGUCAGAACUGUAAUCUACAAAACUACAGACAGCUUCUGGGUUGAUUUGCAUAGGAGGCUCGGUGCAAUAAUCCCCUUCUAACCUUUGCAAAUAAAAAUUUACAUAUUGUGCAUGUUUUCUUAUUACUUUGUAUGAAAUAGUUUGCCAUUGAAUUAUGUUUGAUAUUGUAUAAUAAUUGUGCAAUACAAAUACCAGUAUUUGGCAUUCUGUAUUGUACAUUUAUUUAUACAUGUUUUACUUCACAUAGUACACAAUCAUGUAUAAGCCCAAGUUCAGCUAACAGACGACAGUCAAUGGUUUGAUGUUGAUACAUGAGGCAGUUGACAGUCGAAUAAUUUCUGUUGCUGCUAACUAAGUGAUUUUUAUGACCAAGCUACUGUUUAUGGCUGUUUUCCUGUGAAAACUGGGUGGUAUGUACUGCAAGGUAUGAGUGAUACAGUGUGGGCCCAGCAACAUCUCCACUGAAGGCCUACUACAGGAGUGGAUUUCAUCAGUAAUGUGGGAUAUGAGGCUCUCAUCCAGAGACUCUGUGAGGGUCGACGGAUGUGCAAAGACAUGGAGGAGCUCUUGAAGAUGAGGGCAUCCGCAGAAGAGAGAUAUGGCAAGGAGUUGGUGACGAUUGCACGCAAGGCAGGGGGUCUCUGUGAGAUCAGCUCUUUGAGAGCAUCCCUUGACCAACUCAAAGUCCAAAUUGAGAACAUUGGGAACCUACACAUACAGCUCUCUGGGAUGUUAAAGGAAGAAGUCAAGAGGAUGGAACAGUUCAGGGAGCGACAGAAAGAGCAGAGAAAAAAGUUUGAAGGCGUCAUGGACAAGGUUCAGAAGAUGAAGGUGUCUUUAUACAAGAAAACAAUGGAGUCUAAAAGGUCCUAUGACCAAAGGUGCAGAGAGGCGGAUGAGGCAGAGCAAGCUGCUGAGAGGUUGAGCAGUGCAGCCACCACCACACCCAAGCAGGCUGAAAGGAUGCUCAACAAGUCUAAGCAGUGCAGGGAGGCAGCAGGAGAGGCAGAAAAACAAUACAUGUCAAACAUCGAACAGCUAGACAAGAUUCGCCAAGAAUGGGAAACCACACAUGAGAGCACAUGUGAGGUCUUUCAGCAGCAGGAGGGAGAUCGUAUCAACAUCCUAAGGAAUGCCAUCUGGGUCCACUGUAACCAAUUUUCAAUGCAAUGUGUCAAAGAUGAUGAGUGUUAUGAGGAUGUGAGGAAAACUCUAGAACUGUGUGACAUCAUGGUAGACAACAACUGCUUUGUUGAGAUGAAAAGCACUGGCUCAAGUCCACCAGAUCCCAUUGUGUUUGAGAACUACUAUGACAGGGAGCCCUGGACAGACACCAAUGGCAGUGCCCGCUUUGUAGGAGGAGUUAUGAAGAGGUUUUCAAACCUUUUGCAAGGCAACUCUUCGGCUGGCUCUAAAACCAACGUUAAUGACUGUUCACAGCCACUAGCCCCACCUACUGCCGACACAUCAGAUGGAGUGUACGCCUCCAUUCCUGGAUUUCUGCGAGAUGAGCCAACCAUCUCAGAGAGCAGAGAGGAGUACCAGGCGCUGUAUGACUAUGUGGCUCAGAGUGCGGAUGAGCUGUCCAUGUCUGCAGGGGAGACGGUGGUGGUCAUUGAGCAGGGUGUGGAUGGCUGGUGGACUGUGGAGAGGAACGGCCUAUCAGGACUGGUCCCUGGAUCCUAUCUGGCCAAAUAAUGAGCUCCUCUUGGCACAAGUAGUAAGGCUGUAAGCCCGUAACAUAGCCCCACCCUGCAUAUGUCUUAGUUUGACUAUAUCCUCUAAGCCUAACAGUGCUGAUAAUGUUAGCGCAGUCUUGGCUAUACUGUAUGUGUUGUUGAGUGACCUCACUGACCUGAGACCAUGGCUUUAUCUAAUGAUGGAGAUUAUUGACUUAUUUGUUGUCAAGAUGGAAAGAGAUGUGCACUUACCUGUUUUACUUUCCUCUCAAGUCAACAGGCACUAGUUUGUGUUGUUGAACAAUCCUACUGUAGCCAGGACAACUGCAAAAUAAAGCACUCUAGUUUUGAUUUACAUUUGGUUGAGUUGUCAACUAAGGUGAAUUCAACAUGAAAUCAACAAAAAAUGUCACCCUGUCAUUGGAUUAACGUUAAAAUUUUUAAAAAAUCCCUUACGUUGAUGACUUUUUGCAAAUCCAAUCAGUUUUCCACGUUGAUUCAAUGUCAUCAUAUAUAAUUUUUGUUGUUGAAAUGAUGUGUAAACAACUUUGAUUCAACCAGUGUUUUGCCCAGUGGGUAGUCACUGACCUAUUAAUAUGCUAUAGUAUUGAAUAUCACCGUGUGUGUUUGAGCAACUAAUAAACUGUCCACAUGCUAA